AUGGUUCACAUCAAUGUCUUGAAAAAGUUCGUGUGUGUUCUCGUGGUGGUGCUGGUCGCUCUGACCGUUUGCCUGUGGAGAGAGACAAGAAGAAGCUACUAUGUUCCUUUCAAGACUGAGUACGAUGAUUUGCAGGUUCGCAGGACUUCUGAAAAAUGGAACCCACUUAAAUCACAGGGCCUCUUCCGUGAAGCAGCCAGUGAGUUGGGUCAGAUACCCAAGGCUUGGUUUAGUCACCACAACAAAGUAAAAGGCAGCACCUCUGGAACCGCCGAGAAGUCCAGGAAAGCAGCAGACUCUCUGAAGGUGUGGGAUAAGGACAGUUCAUCCAGAAAUCUCAUCCCCAGGCUGCAGAAGGUCAGAAAAAACUACCUGUCCAUGAACAAGUACGAUGUGACCUACACCGGGAAGAGGAACGCUGCUAAACUCAGCCCGGAGGAGCUGCUCUGCCAGCUACGGGACAGGGUGAACGUGACCAUGAUCCAGGGCUCGGAGGGUCCUUUCGAUACCCCUGAAUGGCAGCAGUACCUGCCAGGGAGGAGCCUCAAUGAGACGGUGGGCCACCUGGGUCGCUGUGCCGUCGUGUCCUCAGCGGGGUCGCUGAAAUCAUCUCGUUUGGGACAAGAGAUAGACAGCCACGAUGCCGUCUUGCGAUUCAAUGCGGCUCCUGUCAAGGGGUUUCAGGAGGACGUGGGGCAAAAGACAACGAUUCGCCUGGUGAACUCGCAGCUUGUCACUGUUGAGGAGCAGCAGUUCCUGAGGGAAGCACUGUAUAACACUGGAAUCUUAAUUGUCUGGGAUCCAGCACCGUAUCAUGCAGAAAUUCAGGAGUGGUACAGAAAACCAGACUACAACUUUUUUGAAAGCUACAAGUCGUAUCGUAGCGUACAUCCAGAGCAGCCCUUCUAUAUCCUGAACCCGAAAAUGCCCUGGCAACUCUGGGAUAUUCUGCAGGAGAAUUCCCUGGAGCAUAUUCAGCCUAAUCCGCCGUCGUCAGGAAUGCUCGGCAUCGUGAUCAUGAUGACGCUGUGUGACGAAGUGCACGUGUACGAGUUUCUCCCGUCCAAGCGGCAGACGGACGUUUGCCACUAUUACCAGAAGUUCCACGACCGUGCCUGUACCAUGGGAGCUUACCACCCGCUCCUGUUCGAGAAGAACUUGGUGAAGCACAUAAACCAGGGCACAGACGAGGACAUCUACACGCACGGGAAGGUCACUUUGCCUGGCUUCCGACACCUGCGUUGCUCGCGGGUCCGUUCGUAGCGCGUUCAGGAAUUUCUCGUGACUGUCAAAGCACUUUUUGAAUCGGGGUCGUCGGCUUUGUUAGGUCUUAGCACUGGCGUGUUUGGGCAGCCCCUUCGUGCUGCAGCGCUUGCUCUGAGGACGCCGUU